UAUGCGCAGAGCGGCUCGAAAGCAUGGUCGGUGCUGCUGUUUUGUUUUUACUGUGCUGAGUGCGGAUUUUGGUGCGACUUCGUUUAAUUCUAAAAGUUUAUCUGCCGGCCCACAAGAUGGUAAAACAAGCUGCUCGUUAUUUCGAACAGAAAGAGGAGAGCAGUGGGCCUGCCAAGAAAACCAGCCAGAAACAUCAACCUUCAAACGCGAAAGGAAAAAAGGGAUUCAAAUGGCAACCAAAUAAUAAAAAGCCAAAUUAUAAGGGCUCUCACAAGAGCAGAAAAGAAGGCAGUUUCGAAAAGAAAAAUGCCAUCCCCGGAUUGAAGAAGCGGGAAGAAGCACUAAACGGUUCAGAGACACUGGCGGAUAUGAAAGAGUCUAACCAGAUCAAACAAGAAAAACAGGCAGCAAAAGAUGGGGGUAAGGCAGGUCCUCGCAAGGAGACCAGGAGAGAGAAAAUGCUUAAAAAGAAAAAUGCUACCCUCACCCCAAGAGGGCGGGAGGAAACGCUCAACAUUCCAAUAGAUCCGGCGGCUUUGCUGCGCCAUUCGCGUGGCGAGCGCAUGGAUAUGGAAGGCGUCAAAACCCGGUUUCACAAAAUCAAUGAAAUGCGUAAGGAUAUGAACAUUGAGUUUGCCACCCAGCAGGCUGCUCGGGCGGACAUCUUGCUCCACGAGGAGGAAGGAUAUCUCGAGGCGGACGACGGCGAAAGCACGACCAACAUUGCGCAGCGAGAGAUAGUGCAGCACGUGGACAUAACGACUGCCGCCAAGCACUUCAACCUGGAGCUCGAGUUCGGCCCGUACCGCACGCGGUACACGAAGAACGGUGCCUUUUUGCCUGGUGGGAAACGCGGCCACGUGGCCGCAUUCGACUGGGUGCGCAAGAAGUUGCUGUCUGAGAUGAACGUGAUGGAGUCGGUGCACGAUGUCACGUGGCUCAUGAAUCAAACGAUGUACGCGGCGGCCCAGAAAAACUGGGUGCACGUGUACGACCAAAACGGGACGGAGAUACAUUGCAUCAAAACGAUGCACCGAAGCGUCCGGCUGGAGUAUCUGCCGUACCACUUUCUGCUAAACAGUGCCGGCGAGAACGGGUUCCUUUCGUGGAUGGACGUUUCGAUUGGCCAAACGGUGGGAAACUACAACACUCGCAUGGGCAAGGUCUCGGUAAUGAUGCACAACCCGUGGAACGCGGUGACUUGUGUCGGCGGAUCCAAGGGUGUCGUCUCGAUGUGGUCCCCGAUGAUGCGCGACCCGCUGGCCAAGAUGCUGUGCCACCCGGUACCGAUAACCGCGAUCGCGAUCGACCCGAAAGGUAUGCAGAUGGCGACGGCCGGACUGGAUCGCAGGAUAAAAAUUUGGGACGUGCGGCAGCUGGAAGGCCCGCUGGAGACGUACAACACCAAUACGGCGGCAUCCGAGAUCGAGCUAUCCCAGCGCGGGCUGCUCGCACUGUCGAUGGGCAACGUAUGUGAGGUGUACCGGCGUGAUAACAGCUCGACGGAAGCCCAGAUGAAGCCCUACAUCCGCCACCGGACGAAUGGUCCGAUUUCAAGCAUUCGGUUCUGCCCGUACGAAGACAUUCUCGGCGUAGGCACGGCGAAGGGCUUCGUGUCACUGAUCGUGCCCGGUUCGGGCGAACCGAACUUUGACACCUUCGAGGCCAAUCCCUUCCAGUCGCGCACGCAGCGGCAGGAAGAGGAGGUGCACAGACUGCUGGAAAAGAUUCCGGCCGAAUUCAUCACGCUCAAUCCGACGCAGAUCGACGAGGUGGACGUACCUUCCGCCAAGGCGCGGCUCGAGCAGAAGGUGAAGCUGCUGACCAUGAAACCGCCCAAGAUCGACUUUGAGCCACGCAAGCGCAACCGUGUCUCGAAGGCCAAGCUUAUCAAGAUAAAGCAGAACGUGAAGGAAGCCCGCUUCCGCGAGACAGCGAACGAGUUGCGGCAGAUCAAGGAGAAGCUGUUGGCGGAAGAUGAAGCCAAAGCACCGGCGGAAUCGGCCGACUUCAUACCGCUGGAACCGAAAAGUGUGCUGGAUCGCUUCAAGACGAAGGCGAAAAAGAAAGCGGCGCGUUAGUUUAGCACGCCCGAUUCGUUUAUUGCCCUACCCUAUGGAUGGAAAUUAAUAAAAUCUAACCCGAUCACUUGUAAA